AGAAUGAAGAGAGAGCGAGAGUGGGUGUGACGCCAAGUGAAAGAGAAAGGGGGUGUGUCCGCCUCCGUCUGUCCCCUCCCUCUGUAGGUAUAGAUGCUACAGGCUGGUCUCCCUGCAUCCCAGAGCACAGCACAGAGCCCCAGAGCAUCAAGCCCUUCAGCCUCAGCCAGAGCCUGUCCAGUGUGCUGCACUAGUCCUGAGACCCACCAGCUCAGUGAAGUAGUCCAGCCACCAGAGUCAGAACUAGGAUAAUUACUUUACUAUCCUAGUUCUACUAUCCUAGUUCUAAUGUUCUAGUUCUACUGUUCUAGUCAUGUACAAGGCUCAGUCUGUGAACUAGUCCAGAGCUGGUUGAUAUUUACUCUGUGGACCUUAGUCCUCCUCUUAGUCCUGGACUGAGAUUAUUAAGUCUUCAGUCAACUGCAUCUAGUGAGAGCCACCAGCCAGUCCUUUGUACCUGAGACCACUGCAGAUCCCCUACCACCAUGCAGCUCUCACACACCUUCCUCGUCUUCCUCUUCCUCCUUUUCAUCGUUGGGAUUGCGCUGGCCGGCUCGUCCACGGCUCGGAGAAGCAGGGUGAGACAUCAUAACAUUAAGGUGAGGAUCAACGCUACAGGCGACACCAUCGUGAUGAAGUUUGUACGUCCGAACGCUGACACCAAGCUGGAGGGCUACAUCCUGGGCUACGGCAGCAGCAUGUUCUCUAAACAGUUCAUCCAACUCCCAGAGAACGGACUGCCCUACGAGACAGAGAUCGAUGCCGAGCCCAAGUACCUGAUCGCUGUCCAGCCCAUCCCAGUCAAUGAUGUGAAGAAACAGUGCCCAGGCAACGUGAACCUGGAGAAGCCCCUCCACCUGGUGAUUGGGUCUGUGACCCCCACCUCCGUGCUGCUGUCCUGGGGAACCCUCCUCAAGACGCCCUACGAGGGAAACAUAAUGAACGACUGCCUGGAGGACGGGAACUACACGGUGCGCUACCGUGAGAGGAACCGGAAGUGGACCUACCAGACGUGCCCUGCAAGCGACACGGUCAUUGACAGCCUUAAGCCCAACACGGCCUAUGAGUUUGGUAUCCGACCCAACAACAAGGAACGCAGCGGAGUAUGGAGCAAGCCAGUCCUCCACAACACCAACAUGAGCGGGAAGGCCAUGCAGAAACCCUACAAGCCAAGGACACCUCUGAAGCCUGUGAAAACGGUCAACAUGCCACGGGCCUUCUUCCCUCCUCGUCACGCUGUCCAUAACAGGAGCCAGGGCAGAACCCUCUUCAGGACCCCUGUAGCUCCAAGGACCACCUUCGCGCCAACCUCGGCCAAUAGACAGCACUUCGUGUCCACUCCCCGAUCCACAAUGCCUCAGGUGCAGCCAACUGGUAAACACGAGCCAACUGGUAAACACGAGCCAACUGGACGAGCAGAUCAGAUCAUAUCUGCCUCCUCUCCUUCUGUGGAUGUCCCCCGUGCCUCACCUGCCAUCCCCCUGCCCUCCCCCAACCUCUCCUUACUCUCCCCUCAGCUCCUACCCGCCCCCACUCUCCCCCAUGCCUCCCCCCAGCUCCUGCCCUCCCCCAACCUUCCCCUGACUUCCCCAGCUGACCCUGUACUUAACCCCAAUCGUAACGGACAGAGACACAGGGGACCGGCCCAGGCUAGGCCCCAACAGGCCCAGCCGCAACAGCCUGCUAAGGUCACCCAGAACCUACAGACCCCCACGGGUACCAGCUUCCUGAGACCUUUGACCCCUACCGAGCCUCGCUCUCCUACACGCUCUGUCGUUGUCACGGCGGCCAGAAACACAACGUUGCCUCGCAGUCGCGUCUCUCUCUACUCCACCCCUAACGGCAUCAGACCUCUCUCUCUACCCAGGGACACCAACACCAACUCCUCCCUCACCUCCGACACACCAGGGGGCUCCCCUGCAGCUCUGCAACCCUUUCUUCCUGUCAACAAGAGGCCCAACCUGGUGGGGAAAUCAGGGGACAAGGACAAGCUGAUGGACCUGAAGCAGGGAGACAAAGCGUCCAUCUUGAGGUCCUUCCCUCUAGUCACGGCUAAGCCCACCAAACAAAAGACCACAACCCUCACCCCGGCCUUGAAUGCCACAGGUGACAACUCCUCUGUGUUCAGCUCUCUCCCUACUUCGGAAGUGGACGCCAUGGGCAAGAAGCGCUUCGUAGCCCCUCAUGUGAUCUAUAAGACUGACAAGAAGCCAGACGAACCGUGUUCCAUAACAAAGUCCCUCAGCUUCUUCCCUGAGGAGGAGGGGGUGGAGCAGAACAUCACCGCACCCCCUCGCUUGCCCCCCUCCAACCUCACCGUGGUUACUGUAGAGGGAUGCCCCUCCUUCGUCAUCCUGGACUGGGAGAAGACCGACAACGACACCACAGAGUAUGAGGUAAUUUCAAGAACCCAUGGUCCCAAUGGAGAAGAGGUGUCCAUCCUGACCACCAACCAGACUCACACUGCAGUGGAGAACCUAAAACCAGAGAACAGUUACGAGUUCAAAGUGAAACCCAAGAAUGAGCUUGGGGAAGGGCCUGCCAGCGAGCCAGUGUUGUUCAACACAGAGUCAGCGGACCCUCGGGUGAGUGAGAAUGUCUCAGGUAAAGAUGCUAUCUGGACACAGUUCCCGUUCAAGGCAGAUUCCUACUCGGAGUGUAACGGGAAGCAGUAUGUGAAGAGGACCUGGUACCGCAAGUUUGUGGGCAUUCAGCUGUGCAACUCCCUUAGAUACAAGAUCUACAUGAGCGACUCGCUCACCGGCAAAUUCUACAACAUCGGGGACCAAACAGGUCAUGGGGAGGACCACUGCCAGUUUGUAGAUUCUUUCCUGGACGGACAAACAGGCAGCCAGCUAUUGGCCGACCAACUACCCAGCCGAUCAGGCUUCUACCGGGCUAUGCGUCAGGAACCGGUCAACUUUGGCGAGAUCGGAGGGAACUCGCACGCCACCUACGUCGGCUGGUACGAGUGCGGAACACCCAUACCUGGGAAAUGGUAAGACCCCUCCACCAGAGGGGUAGCCAAGAAGAUGCCUGACUGGAAGAAUGAUGAUCUCACCACGGUGAGAGGAGGAGGACUGAGGAGGUUUCAGUGGCCCUUGAGGUGGGCUUCUCCCUCUUGUUACCAUGGAGACUGCAUCAGUAUGUUACCAUGGAGAUGCAUCUGUCUGUCUGUCAGAUGGUGAUGGCCCACAUUACAUUGUAUAAAAGUGUACAGGACCAUACCUUGUCAUGGAACUCUGAGUUCUUUUGUCAUAUCUCCUUAGGGGAUCUAUUCAAUCCGCAUACCGGAAGUUCAGCUUUACAGUGUGAUUGAAUAUUUAAAGGCAACGUUCCUGCUUUAGCAGAGACUGCUUUUACGAUAAACACUGCUUAUGUCGGCUAAUAUCCGAAAUGACCUUUAAAUUUCCAUCACGGAAUCUGUUACUCUUCAGCUUUACAGACUGAACCGAGCCCUAAGUCUCAUCUCACUAUUUAUCAAACAGGACAUGAGGCAGUCCUCAAAGCCUGUAAAAACAGUAGAGAAGUUAAUAAAGGUGUGUCAGAGUGCUUCAAGAGGUUACAUAUGAUCGCCGGAAACUGUUGGGAAGCUGGCUCCCUGAAAAUGUAAUGACGUGUAUGAUGUUAUUUAUCAAGCAGUUGUUGUUCAAUGUUCCUUGUGGUUUAUAUUAGCCAGUCUGCUAAAAGGGUUGCUAUAACACAAAAGCCUCUGCAAAGAAAGAAAGAAAGCAUUACACAGGCACACACACACUAAAUUCGUCACUCAUACACACAUACUCAAUACCCUUUCUUGAUUGGUCCUGUAGGAUUGACAGUUGCGGUUUGCACAAUAUGACAUUUUUAUUUAUAUUUUACCACAGCAUUGUUGAAUACUUGUUUCUGAUAUGCUAGAAGGGCAUUCUAGAAUGGACAUAAAAAACAUAACUGGACGGCUAGAAAAGAUAUCAGGACGCAAUAUUCGCCUACAGAUGCAGACUGUACUUGCUACAAAGUUACAGAAAGCUAAACCAUCCACCACACUAACGGAAAUUGGAUACAUUGUAAAUGCAGGUCCAACGAGGAAAAACAUAGCUAGCUAGCAUUGAUUUGUUUAUGCAGAGACAUAUAUUUUUGGAGCAUCUGAUGGUCUAACGUGGUGAGUAGUGCUGCUGAGGUGACUAUUAUCGCCACACCGGCAGUCAUGAGUCAUGACUGCAGUAAAAUCCUAGGUGACCUUUGAGUCACAGUAUUCUCCUCUUAUGCACUCUGGACAUGUGUUAGUAGUACCCAACUCAUUUCUAAUGAUCAACAGGUCACUAAUGGCCUGGUGAUCAGGACUCUGUUGUCCCUCUAACCACUCUGACAUGAAUGCAAAUGAAAUAAAAAACACUUAUCAUCAGAACAGCAUGAUGCUUUUAAAUCUCACCUCACUAUGAUGAUCAAUUUGAAGAAAGAAGUUCAACAAUAGGUUGAAACUGAGUAGAAAACAUGGUCGUUGUGUACAGUGGGGCAAAAAAGUAUUUAGUCAGCCACCAAUUGUGCAAGUUCUCCCAAUUAAAAAGAUGAGAGAGGCCUGUAAUUUUCAUCAUAGGUACACUUUAACUAUGA